AUGUCUGGCAUCCUCUCGGGCCUUUACUCGGCCAUUGUCAAGCGUAACGCCGUCUUCCUUACCACGAUCUUUGCUGGAGCCUUUGCGACCGAGAUUGCCUUUGAUACCGCAUCGAACUCGAUCUGGGACCACAUCAACAAGGGCCGACAAUGGAAGGACAUCAAGCAGCGGUAUAUGCAAGCCGAGGAGGACGACGAUGAGUAG